UUGAUACAUCCAAUAAUAAUUAUAAUAAAAAUAAAGUUAAACUCCAGGUCAAGGUGCUCUCUCGCGUCUCUGCCCCUAAAGAAGGUUCAAUCUUCUUCGCUUGUUACUCGGCAUCGGAAGCCAUCCAUGGAAGAUUCGUCUGCCAUCUCAUAUUAACAUAAUUGACCCCCGAAAACCAUCUCGUUGACUUGAAAAGAGAGGUAUGUGCAUUUUGGGACUUUCUGCUAAUUACAGCUAAUGUGAGUAGGUCCGAGGGUAUUGUCAGACAGAUGUCUGCAAGACGGAAAAUUCCAACUCCUUUAGAAGGACGGCCUAUUCAAGCAUCAGGGAUGCGGCAUGGUUACUUCCCUGGAUCUGGUCUUGGUGGUGGUCAUCGGCCCUUAGAACAGGUAGCUCCUGCUGAAGUGUUGGAAAAUAAAAUUGCUUUUCAGGCCGCAGAGAUAGAACAACUUUCAGGGGAUAAUCAUAGGUUGGCAGCCAGUCAUGGAACUUUGAGGCAGGAGCUUUUAGCUGCUCAACAAGAAGUACAAAUACUCAAAGCACACAUGAGAAGCAUCCAGACUGAAAGUGAUAUUCAGAUCCGUGUUUUGCUUGAUAAGAUUGCAAAAAAGGAAGCAGAUAUUAGAGCUGGAGAGAUUGUCAAGAAGGAACUGCAGCUGGCCCACAAGGAGGCACAGAACUUAUUGGCGGCACGACAAGAAUUGUCUGUCCAAAUUCAAAUGGCCACCCAGGAAUUGCAGAAAGCCCAUGCUGAUGUGAAAAGCCUUUCAGAUCUGCAUGCUGAGCUUGACAGUUUGAGGAAAGAACACCAGAGAUUGCGUGCUACAUUUCAGUAUGAGAAGGGAUUGAACAUAGAGCAAGUGGAGCAAAUGCAAGCAAUGGAGAAGGAUCUAAUUGCAAUGGCAAGAGAACUGGAAAAGAUGCAUAUUGAUGUCUUGAAUGCAGAGAACAGAGCACAUGCACCAAAUCUGUACGCUGGUGGAUAUGGAAAUCCGGAUUCUUCAAACCCAUCCCCGAUGCAAGGCAGCACCCCCUAUAUUGGUAGUUAUGGAAGGGCUCAUAUUAAGAAGGGUAUUGGGUCAACAAGAGAGGGAAUGAUUGCACAUGGAAGUGACAUUAGCGCACCUGCCCCUACUACUUCAGUUGCUGCUGUCUGGGGAGGUGCAUAUGACCCUGCACUCGAUCCAAGAUGAAUUUGAAGAAGCUACUCUCUUACAGUUUCUACAUUUACCCAGCUCUGUUGAUUUUAAAAUUUGCAAAGAUAGUUUUGCUUGAAUGUAAGUUAUAUGCUAGAUCUAUUACCAAAGAAAAACAAGUUGUAUACUGGAUCUCUGUACCCGAUAGCUUGUUCAUCUAACUUAGAGCUUAAAUAUUAAUUACAGCAUGCUGCACAAAAAUGUAUUAAGCUGGUUUGUUUAUUCCAGCUUUUUUAUGAAUUUGGUUUAUCUUAGGUUUACA